AUGUCAAGCUGGUUGGCUAUCAGCUGCAUCCCUGUGAUCUUGUCCUGUCGCCAGUUUCUGUCCUCUGGCUACUUCCAUGGUUUGAUCAAGAUGUACUCCGCAUUCACUCUCGGCAAGGCUACAUGGGGCAAUCGAGAGUGCGGAUCUCCAAAAAGCAGCGUGAUGUGUGAGUGGGACGACUGGUUUGCGCUUUUUCUCAACGUCAAGCCGGUAAAAUUAGUUGCCAAGAUCCCCUAUACCGAAGAACAACAGAAUUUGAUUUCAACACGUAUUACCUUUGAGGAGGCUAGAGCCUCCCGUAUCACUCUAUGCUCACAAAUUGAUGCUCAAUUAAAGGCGACGUCGAGCACCGAACUUGGCGCGUGGAUAGAAAAGUUUGCUGCGGGCUUGGUUGAUGAGAACCGAACGGAUGAACUGAAGGUUUUCAUUAAGCGAAACUGGCAAGUGCAAGAGAACAAAGCGCCAACAUACUCACCAAAAGGCCGCUAG